AAAUAAUGACUAAUGAGUGAGUUGCAGAAUGGCAACGGGUGUUGAGGUUAGGUUUAGUGGUUGAUGUUUUUAGCUUGAAGAAAUAAAGGAAACUUGCAAAUGUUAAUGGUAUUUUAGAGUUAGAUUAACCGUGAUAGCAAUACUAGUCGUAAAUAUAUUAGUAAAAUGAUUACUUUUGCCAUUCUUUCUAUAGCGCUAUUGUCGUCUUGCAGUGCUCAAAAUGAAAAUAUAGUCAAGUCUUAUUCAAAAGAAGAAUUCUUAUCGCAGCUAGAUAACAUUAAUAAUUUUGUUAUGUUUUAUGCUCCAUGGUGUUCACAUUGCAAGAGACUGAUGCCAGUGUGGGAAGAUUUGGCCAAAGAUUUUGAAGAAAAUAAUAAUUUAGCCAUAGCCAAAGUCGACUGUACUGUUCAAACUGAAUUGUGUUCCAAUCAAGAUAUUACUGGUUACCCUACGUUAAAACUGUACAAGAUUGGUGAGAAUGAGGGAAAGAAAUUCAAGGGCAGCCGAGACCUCCAAGCAUUAAGAGGUUUUAUACGUGAUGAACUUGGGGAGAUCAAAGAGUCACUAAAUGCUGGUGGAGAUGCUGAACAAGAGCCCCUUGUUGAGUUGAAUGAUGACAAUUUUGAGAAGCACGUCGCAGAAGGAAAUCACUUUGUCAAGUUCUUCGCUCCUUGGUGUAGCCACUGCCAGACCUUGGCUCCAAAAUGGCAUGCGUUAGCAGAAGCUCUCAAAGACAAUGAAGAGGUGACAAUCGCCAAAGUUGACUGCACCAAGAAUCAUCUGUGUUCUGCAUUCGAUGUGAUGUCUUAUCCGACUUUACUAUGGAUAAAGGAUGGGAAAAAGGUUGACGUUUAUCAAGGCGCACGUUCUCCCGAAGAGUUACAAGAAUAUGUUUCAAAAAUGUUGCAACCAGUUCAUUCGAAGGAACCCGAGGAUACUAAGGAUACGCUCGAUGUUGGAAAAUCUGUAAUAGCCCUUACUGAUGAUAAUUUUCAAUUUCAUAUUGAAAAUGGAUUUACGUUUGUCAAGUUCUUUGCUCCAUGGUGUGGCCACUGCAAAAGAUUAGCUCCAACAUGGGAAGAAUUAGCCCAAAAAUUAUCAGCUGAGGGGAAAAUCAAAAUUGCUCACGUUGAUUGCACUCUUGAAGACAACAAAGAUCUGUGCAAUGACCAAGAGGUUGAAGGUUAUCCUACCCUGUUCUUCUAUCGCAACGGAGCGAAGAUAUCAGAGUACAACGGUUCUAGAGUAUUGGAAGACUUACUUGAAUUCGUCAAACGCCAUUCAUCUCACGAUGAGCUUUAGAUUUGAAAGUUAUGUGUAAUUUGUAAAGUAAAGUAACUAAACGUC